AUGAACAAUAAUAUAGAAGAAUACUGUACACACCUGCAGGUUUCUUUUUAUUAUGUUGCUGCUUUUAAACUAAAGAACAAUGACCUGAAAAGAGGCAGAUAGAGAGAGAAGGAAAACGCGAGAGAGAAAGGGGAGGAUGUAUGUGUCGUCGCCCCUUCCUCUCCCCUCCUCUCUUUCUCAGACCACCAGCACUACCUCUUCUUUUGGACCCCGCAGCAGAAAUGUAUCAAUCCGCCCCUGACAGCUUCUCUCUCGGCCUUUAACGACGAGCUGCAGCCGGUCAACAGCGGAUACUUUCUUUUUUCUGUUUGUUGUUCACCGUCUUUCUAGAGUGGCCUCGGUUUCACCCGCCUCAUGUUCCUUCACCGGCUGAGCUCCGUCACCUCCUCUUUCCGACCCUGCAGCCGUCCCGCUGUCUCCUGGGCCGGAUUCAGGAGCAGCAGCGCCUCCUCCUUUUCCUCCUCCUCCUCCUCCUCUUCCCACCCCUCCCACCUCCCCCGCUUCACCCCCGCCCCCCGUCCAUGGUGGUCGGUGCGGGGAUUCCCCCCCUGGCCGCCGCGAUCGCCCCGCUCCCCGAGCAUCCGCCCCGGUGACGCCGGGGCUUCGCUCCACACGUCCGCCGGCUGCAGGAUGGAUCGGCCCGACAGAGGCCGAGAGCCUCCGCACAAACGGAGGAAGAGCUUAGAGGAGAAGAGGAGAUCUGAAGGAGACGAGGCCAAGGAAGGAGGCUUCAGAAGGGAACAACAAGGCAACGUCUGGACAAACCAGCGCCACAGAGACGGACAUCGAGAUCGAGGGAGGAACGGAGCCGAGAACAGAGAUAAAGACGUGGAAAGGACUAAAACGGGGGUUAAAGACAGACAGAGAAAAGACAGCAGCAGCAGGGAGGACGGGUUUAGGAGUCAGAGCAGGAGCGAACAGGAGGAGGCGCGAGGAGGAGGAUCCAGGACUCGCAUCAAAGAGCAGGAGACGCUGCAGAAACCAAACCCCUGGUUCAAGGGGAGGAGCAGCGAGGAGCACGGCGGCACGAGAGGAGGAGCGGCAGGACGGCCGAGGGACAGCAGAGAGGACGGGGGACGGAGGACGAGUUUCCCUUUACCGCCUCACGGCGCCGUGCGACCCCCGAACCCGUGGCAGGGGGCAAACAGGGAGCCCCCCCCACCCGGAGUCCCACCGCUGGUCACAUCUCUUCAGAGACGCUGGGAGUCCUGCAGCACCGACCUCCAGCCACCGGGGGGCGGCGCGGCGUUCGACUUCUCGGUGAUGACCUACAACAUCCUGUCUCAGGACCUGCUGCAGGACAACGCCUACCUGUACCGACACUGCCCCCCCGACGUGCUGGCCUGGGAGCACCGGCUGCCCAACCUGCUGGCGGAGAUCCAGGGGCACGAGGCCGACAUCCUGUGUCUUCAGGAGGUUCAGGAGGACCACUAUGAGAACCAGAUUAGACCGGCUCUACGGGCUCUGGGUUACGAGUGCGAGUACAAGAAGCGGACGGGGAAGAAACCGGACGGUUGCGCCGUCGGUUUCAAGACGUCCCGCUUCUCCCUCCUGUCCUCCAACCCUGUGGAGUUCCUCCGGCGUGGGGACGUCCUCCUGGACCGGGACAACGUGGGCCUGGUCGUCCUGCUGAGGCCCAGAGACGCCUCCUCCUCCUCCUCCUCCUCCUCCUUCGUGUGCGUCGCCAACACCCACCUCCUCUACAACCCCCGGCGGGGGGACAUCAAGCUGGCCCAGCUCGCCAUCCUCCUGGCCGAGAUCCGCCGGUUGUCCCUCCUCCCGGACGGCUCCACCAACCCGGUGCUGCUGUGCGGGGACUUUAACUCCACCCCCUGGAGUCCCCUCUACAGCUUCCUGACCACCGGCCGCCUGGAGUACAGAGGGAUGCAGAUCAGCAGGGUGUCGGGGCAGGAGGACAGUCCCAGAGGACAGCGUCUCCUCACGUCUCCCAUCUGGUCCCACAGUUUGGGAAUCAACCGCCGGUGUCAGUACGAAGCCACGUCUGGGGCCUCGGCCUGCGGCGCUGAAGCUGUGGAAGGAGCCAUCUCUGAUAUGACUGUAGAGGAUCUGACCUCCAGAGCUUCUGCUGCUGCUGCUUUUAACAGGGAGCGGAUCGAGCACAGUCUGAAGCUGCAGUCGUCCUAUCGCCACCGGCUCAGGUCGGACGGGAGACCAGAGAUCACCACCUACCACUCCCGCACGGCGCUGACGGUCGACUACAUCCUCUACAGCCCUGAUCACAGCGCGCCUCCUUCACUUCCUGGUGGGCGUGGCCUCCAGCUGCUGGGCCGCCUGUCUCUGGUGGGUCAGUCUGAGCUGGAGGAGCUCGGGGGUCUCCCCAGCCGGCGCCACUCGUCCGACCACCUGCCGCUGCUCGCACGCUUCCGCCUCCGGCUCUGAUCCGGAGGAGAGACGUUGAAGAGGUCCAGUCAAACACGAGACGGUGCCAUAACUUUAACCAAGUGGAUCAUGUUUUUUAGGUUUUCAGGAUUCGAUGUCUUAGAGUUUAGUUUAUAUCUAUCAGGGUUGAUUGAGUUGUUUUAUUCUCGUUAAAUCACCUCGUACGUUUAACUCGGCUGCUACUUUACAUUCUCCAGAAAGGAAAAGCUGCUCAGUUUCCUGGUGGAAGGUGAAGGUGACGUUUACCGAUUAUCCAUCACCUUCCUACUGUCCUCCAGUUAAACCAUGUGACUCAUUCUCACCCCGGUUUUAAAACCAUUUUUAUCAUAUAUAUAUAUAUAAAAACACCAGUGCUGCUGAUGUGAGAAGUGUCUUGGUAAGUUUACUUAAAAAAAACUAUAUAUACUCAUAUAUUAAUAUACUUAGAAAAAACAGGAGCUCGGUUCAGGCUGGAAGUUCAGACCCGUUCCACUGGCUUUAGUUUUUAAAUGUAAAGAAAGAACUUUACCUGCAGACGGAACCGAUCCUCGUUCUUGCACUGGAUUGUAAACUGGAUCAGCCACAACAUUAAAACCAGUGAAGGGGGUUGAUGGUCUCGUUCUGGGAGACUUGGCUUCCUUGUCUCCGUGUCUCGGUGUGGACGCCCUGAUCUGGUCUGAAGCCAGAACUGAACAAACUGUCUGGACCAGGAUUAACUGGAUCAACAGAAGUUACAAGGACCAACAACGCAACGUUUGUUUUCCCAGCAUGCAUCAGUGAUUCGCCUCCUCUCCUUCCUUCUUCUUCCCCUUUGAUAAACAGUGACCACUUCACACCAGGAACCUCAUCGAAGUCUUUUAAAUGUCUCACGUGUCCCGCAGUAACCGGGUAGAUCUGUGGUCAUAAUGUAACGGCAGAUCAGUGUUGUACAUAAUUAACCAAAAAAUAAAAUGACUAACAAGAGCCAGACGCAUUUCUCUAACGUUCAGUUCAGUUUACAGACUGUAAAUAAAGAGUUUCUAUUUUUA